CGCCAGCAGCUGUUUGAAACUGCUCAGCUGGAGUUGCGGGAGGCGAGCAGCAAAAUCUGCAAACUGGAAGAAUCUGUCAUUGGCAAACAGAGGGCUGUCGAGCGACUGGUGGCUGAGAUCAACUCUCUAAGAGCAGAAAAUGAGAUGCUGAAGAAGCAAUCUUUAGGAAACGGUCCGUCACAAGAUCUGAAUGCUCUUGAUCCCGCCAGCAAAUUUGAACCUGGACAUCAACGAGAUUUGUCCCUACGGAUUCAGGAACUCGAAAAUGCUAUCCUAAAGCGAGAUGAACUUCUGCGCCAGCUGACAUCGCGCUUGCAGAUGUCAUUUCAGGAGAACACCGAGAGAGGAUUGCAGCAGGCUUGCUCAGUUGAAACCCAAAAAUUGGCGCAGCAUGUCCAGUUAUUACAACUGCAAUUGCAACAGGCUGGUGAAAAGCUGAAUGGACAGAUGAAACAACACUCGGUGUCAUCCCAGGCUCUGCAAGAUGCCAAAUGUGAGAUUCUUAAUCUUCACCAGCGGAUCCAACAGAAAGACGAAAUGAUGUCCCAGCUGACUCAAAAGCUGUCUCAAGUGAAUAACAAUUAUGCUAGUCUACAGUCCACGAUGGCCUUAUCUGAUCAACAAUCUACAGACUACAACCAGCUGUUGACUGAACUCAACAUCUUGCAGGAACAGUCGAACACUCUGUCACUUCACCUCAACGAAGAGAAGGCUAAGAAUUCCCAACUUGAGAAACGUCUAAUGCAAGUUCUUCAACCAAAUGUUAAUGAAAGUGCUAGCAGUGGAAGCCACUUGGAGUCUACAACAGAAGGAACUGUCGCAGAAAUGGAAUUGACCUCAGAGAAUUUACCGGAAUAUUUUCCUAGAAAGCAACUUGAAGAAUUUCACAGACUAAUUGAAAAAUGUAUAUUUUUGUAUCAAUCAAGUGAUAACACUAGUGACAAUAGUACUGCUACUACUACUACUACUACUACUACUACUACUGGUAGUAGUAGUAGUAGUCGUGAAGAAUUAAACCGGUUACUCUUAAAGAUCACUUGUGUCACUCAGGUGUUCUUAAAGAAUAUUAAAACUGACUCCUUCCAGCAGUCAGAUCUGGAUCGCGAUUUUGCUUGUCCAGGAGAUUUAGGAGAACCCUUUGAGUUGGCCUCUAACAACAGCGAAAUGCUAUCUCCAAAUGCAGUUGCCGUAAAUGAGAACUUGGGAACAAACUCAGUGUUGGCAGAAAAUAAAGAACUUUUGUCGAAUGUUGAGACUCUUCAACUGAAGAUUGAAGACUUGGCUGCUGAAAACAAGCGCCUCUCGGAGGAAGUUUUCCAAACAAAGACCGAAUUCGAUUCUUUGUUGGCUGUGAAAGAAGAGCUUGAAGAGAAAUGCCAGGCAUCAGAAAGUAAAACAAGCGAGCUGAUUACCAAACUGGAACACUAUGAGACUGAAAUGAACUCUCUUCAAGAGAAGAAUUCAGAUUUAACUGCUUCCCUGAAAGAUCUUGAAGUUUCUUUUGGUUUGGUAAAAGAAUCAGAAAUGUCUUUGACACAAAAUGUAGCAGUUUUGAAAAGUGAGAAAGAAGCACUAAAUGCAUGUUUGCAGGAGAAGGACAGAGAUGUUCAAGACUUGACCGAACGGCUGGAGUCCAGUCACCAAGAGGUAAUGAACUUAGAGAACAUGCGUCGAACACUGGAGCAAGAACUGUCAGUGUCUCGACAGGAAACUGUAGACUUCAAAGAUAAGCUCAACAGACAUGGCACUGAAGCAGAAGAACAGAAGUUGAACGAACUAAAUGUCCUUGAGAAAUUGGCAUCCUCCCAAGAGGAAAUUACUGCAUUGCAGCAACAGAUAGCAUCCAUGGAAGAUGAGAAAAAGGAAACAUUGAAACUUGCUGACCUUGAAGUGGUGGAACUUAAUGGAGAUAUUGCUGCAUUACGGAACCAAAUUGCUGAGUUGGAAGAGAAUAAUUCUCAACAGAUGAAGAAAAUGGCUGACCAGUAUAGCCUUUUAGAAGAAGUGAACCUUCAACUUUCUGAGUUGAGUGCAAGAUUCGAGGAAACUAAACUGACCAAUGAAUCAUUAACAAGAGAGAAAGACACACUCAACCAAUGGAAUGCCUCGUUAGGAGAGCAGUUUUCGAAAUUUGCUUCCCUUGUCACAUUGGUGAUUGGAGAAGAUACCGAGGGAUUGAACUUGAGCACCACGUCAAAUGAUGAAGAUUUGGUAAAAGUUGAGGCAGUCGUCAAUGAAAUGUCUUCAAAGGUGACAAAACACAAAGAGAAUUUACUUCGGCUAGAGUCAGAGAAUAAAUCUCUGGCUGAAUUUCGUAUUCAUGAGAAAGAGGAGGCCGAUAAGACCAUGAAAGAAAGAGCUAACGAGAUUUCUUUGUACCAGGAAAUGGUCAGUGCUUUGGAGGCAGAAAAGCAGUCAUUGAGUCAAAAUUUGGUAGCAUUUGAGAAUAAUUGCAAAGCUAAAGAUUUGGAGAUUGAGAGGCUGAAGUGUGAAGUAGAGUCACUACAGGUGACUGAAUCAACAGAAGAACGUUUUGCUGAAAUGGAUACACUCUUGAUUCAGCGCCAACAAGAAGUUAACCAGCUGACUGAAGAAUUGACCAGCUUAAAACAGAGCAGUUCAAAAGAUCUCGUAACUUUGAGAAAGAGUGUUGAGGAAUUUGAAGAAAAAGUUCAGGGAAAAGAUGAAUGUGUUAGAAAUUUGGCACAACAACUUGAUGAAGAAAAGGAAUUGGUGAUACGUUUGACUCAGCAGCUUGAUGAGGAGAAAGAAUUGGCAAUUCGUUUGACACAACAGCUUGACGAAGAAAAGGAAUUGGUGAUACGUUUGACUCAGCAGCUUGAGGAGGAGAAAGAAUUGGCAAUUCGUUUGACACAACAACUUGACGAAGAAAUGGAAUUGGUGAUUAGUUUGACUCAGCAGUCUGACUCUCGGGCUGAAGAGAAUGAAAAGCUUAAAUUACAAAUAUCUUCUCUUCAAGAAUCUGGAAAACAUGCAAAGGUGAAUUUUGAAGAAAGUAAUUCUAAAAUUGAGAAGUUUGAAAACGAAAUUGCAAAACUUAAGUCUGUAAAUGAAAACUAUCAGCAAGAACUGGAGAGAGUGACAGUGGACAAGAAAUCAGUCGAGUGUAGCUUUGAGGAAUUGAAGUCUAAUUACUCAGCUUUGGAAUGUGAUUAUACUGAGUUGAAGCAGAGUUUAGAUAAAAUAGAAUCUGAGAAGAAACAAUUGAUAUGUGUGAAUGAGGAUUUGUCUAAAGUGGCAGAAGAAAAGAAUAAAUUAUUACAAGAACUUGAAGAAUUUCAUAGGAAAGAAAAGGAAGCCCUUCAAGAAAUGAAUGAGGAUUUGAAAACUAAAAUUGAGGCAUUGGAGUCUGACAAAAACCAUCUUCAAAAUGUCUAUGACCAAACAGUUCAGAGUUUGUUGGAUAACCAAGAGAAAUUACAUAAACUAAAUGAAGAGCAUUUAGUGUUGGAAGAUCAUUUUAAGGUUCAGAGUGAAGAAUUUGUUCAAACGAAGAAAGAAUUUGAAGGCAGUAAGGAAGCAUCUUUGAAAACAAUAGCAGAUUUAGAGAAGUCAUUGCUUGAAGUAGAAUCGAAUGCCUCUUCUGAAAAAGCGAGCAUGAAUAAAGAAGUUCAAGAACUUUUGGCAAUGAAGGAGUCCUUAUUGGUUAAAAUUGAAGAGCUUUCUCGUAGCAGUGGUUCUGGUGAAGCACAGCUUUUGGCAUCGAGAGAAGCAGUGUCUCAGGUGUUAGGUAAAGCCAAUGAUGAGCUGGAAAGUUUCAAAGAACUUUGGUCGAUUGAGAAAACUGAACUUUGUAAUAAAAUCAGAAGUUUGUCUGCCGACCUUGAGAACUUGCAGCAGGAAAAGAAUGGUUUGCAACAGGAGAGAGGAAGUUUGCAACAGGAGAACGAAAGAUUGCAACCAGAGAACGAAAGACUACAACAUGAAGUGAAAGAUUUUCAAAAAACGAUAGAACACUUGCAGCGUGAAAACUUUCAAUUGCAACAUCAAAAGGAAGAGCUGCAAUAUGAAAUGGAGAAUUUCAAAGACAAGAACAAUAGUUUGCAACAUGAAAAAGAUGGCUUGCCACAAGAGAGAGGAAGUUUGCAACAAGAGAUAGUUGAUUUGCAAGGUUUGCAACAGGAAAAGAAUAGCUGGCUGCAAGAGAAAGAAAACCUACAACAACAUUGCGAAAGUUUACAACGAGAGAAGGAUAUGCUGUUGCAAAAGAACAAGAAUCUACAACAAGAGAAAGAGUUUUUGUUACAAGAAAACACAAGUUUACAACUGAAGGAAGGACAGCAGGAUUCUAAAAUUGAUUUGUUGGCUGAGAACCAGGGUUUGCAGUCGAAGGAAAAGAAGGGUUUUGAAAACGAGGAUUUGCAGUCGGAGGAAAGGAAAGGUUUCGAAAACGAGGGUUUGAGAUGGGACAACGAUGAUCUACAACCGCAUCAACAAGAACUACGACUAAAUUGUCUACAAGCCUCAGUUGUACAGACGUGUGAAGCAAACCCUCGUGUUCCGGAAAGUUUUGAAUCCAAGGAUUUAGGGAGCCACACUACGAAAUGUCAGAGUGUUGAAGUGCCUUUAGAAAAAUGCAGAGAAGAGUGUGGUGCCACUGUUGGCAGUAGCAAUGGUGAAGGCAGUAGCAGCACCGUUGUUAAUGGGAACGAGACCAUCCUCAGUGCUGUGGAUACUUUGGAAAACUACAAAGAGCAGUUAGAGAUGAUGGCUGAGAAAUAUGAAAUGGAGUUGAAGUAUGUUCGCCUGAAUAUUCUGGCUGAGUUAGCAGAGGAGAAGGAAAACUUUGAGAAGGAAGUUGAACAGAGAUACAGUUUGAAGUUGGAAUCCAUAAAGGCAGAAAAUGACCGAAUGUUCAUCGAGAAUCUCCAGCAGGUACGUUCUGACCUUGAGCUCAAGCACAAGCAAGAGCUGAAUGAGUUACGUGUAAGUGUAAUGAAGGAAUGCCAGUCUAUGUCUCCACAGGAGCUGGACACUAAGUUGUACGGCAUGAUGCAUGACUUGCAUGCUGAGAACCAGCAAUGUAUGCAUGGGAAAACAGAUGUAAAACGAUGUUUACUCCACUACAGAGAUUUGGCUGGGAAACUGGCUGAGUCUCGAGACUCUCUGCUGAAACAGAUUGAACUCCUAAACACCCAGUAUGAGCAGAUACAAGAAGAACACUUCUCUUUAUGGAGUAAGCGUUCAAAAAAACCGAUGUCUUCAUCUCCAAGAGCAAAGCGGAAAUUUGACACCUUGCCUCAGGACAUAGAGUCAGCGUCCCGAAGUCUGGUGGAAAUCAGCCGAGCGAAGGGUUGCUAUGACAACGAAGAGAAAACCUGCACAAAGCUGGAUUGCCAAGGCUACCGCAAACGUUACGAAAUAGCCCUGAAAAUUUUAACGGAGAAAGGACUCACUUCAUUGGACAAUAUAUCAGAAAAAUCCUCAUUCGAAGUAGAUUCUUUGGAUGGUUCAGCAAGCAUGGGAGACCAACCAAGGGAGGAGCUAUCCAUGGAACUGCAAGAUGAAUACAAUGAACUCAUGGAACGGACUGUUACUGAACCUGUGCUUAGCUCCACUUUCCAGAGGAAAAGCAGUCCUGAGCUGCAAUGUUCCAACUGUAUCAGUUUAGCAGAAGAGAGACUGUCUUUGAAAAAACGUCUAAGUACUCAACUUGAACUUUUUGGUAAGGAACGCUUCCAUCUUCUGAGUCGGUGUGAGAACCUCUCCAAUGAACUGGAGAAUGUCCAACUGACUCGGGACCAGCUGCAGACUGAGUUGAAUAUCACAAAGGAAGUCCAACGGGGACAAGACAGACAUCCAUCUGAGGUGGAGCUGACAGGUAUUAAAGUGAAACUAGCCAACACUGAAGACCAAGUGGUGUUCUACCAGAAUAAACUUAGUCAGUCUGAGGUUGAGCAUCAGGAGUUGAAAUCAAAGAUAAACGAGCUGUUUGUAAAAGUGAUUGACCAGCAGCAUUAUAUUAAUAAUCUUGAAGAAGAAUAUACUAGAUCUCGUGAUGCCUGGAACCACAAAGGAACAAUGACCUCAAUGGACAAUGGUAAAAUUGAGUUGGCUCCUGUAGUGGGCCGUCGUCAUUCAGAACCAAAUAACAAUGUCUACGACGUAGAUCAUGAAAUGGAACAUUGUCAUCCAAUACCACAACAUUUGUCUCAGUCCAGCAACAACAUUUCCUUAGAAUCCAAUUUCGCCAACAUUCCACAGAUGCCAUGUCUGAAAUCCCCCAAAUCUGAUCGUGAGACAUCCCCAGAUUCUUUGAAUAAGUCCUCAUUGUCUGAUAAUUCAAGUCCGGCUGGGGAUAGAGACAAUUGGAUUAACUAUCAUUCAGAGCAUUCGAAUAGAAAUAAUUCCAGUCCAGCCCUGAACCAAAGUGAUAGAUACAGUGACAGCCUUGCGUCUCCGCCCAAAUUAACCAGAUCGACCCAGUCUAGUCCGUCUUUGUUGUUACUGAAUAAAGAAUUUCAUGAGUCUGAAAAAAUCCUGUCUGAGUUUCAACUAGAUCAAGGAUCCUUCUUAUUUGUUCAAGACAAACAAAUUGAACUUAUUGAUGAGAUAGCGGAGUUGAGACGGUCACUUUUACAAAGUAAAGAGGACCAUGUGAAAGAGAUAGCCACCAUGAAGGAGGAAAUUGACCGAUUUAAAAAAGUAAAAGGAAUCGGUGAUGAUCAGAAUUUGUUGGAUAUUUUUGCCAGCACUGAUACCAUUUCUCUUUCUGUUGAUGUUGUUGACCUUCGAGAAAAAGUUUCAUUGCUUCGAGAAACCUGUAACAGAUUGACAGAAGACAACAAGGAUCUGCAGAAGAAACUGUACAAUCAAGAGUGUCUUGUGAUGAAGGCUAAAAUGCUACAGGCGAAUCCGAAACAUUCUGUGACUGCUGAAGAUUUAGAGACAUCUUUUGGUAGCCAACUAUUGCUACUUCAGAAACACCGUGAUGAGCUCGCUGACAAACUCAGUGAAGAGAGACUGCUUGAGAACCAAUUCGCAGAAGUUGUAGCAGCCAAAACCAGCCUCGAUGAGCAUCUCCAUCGAGAGAAGGAGCGUGUCCAGCAACUGACUGAGAAAGUGCAGAUAGCUGAGGCUGAGUUGUUCAGCAAGAAGGCUGAGUGUGAUUAUAUGUUGCAGCAACAGUUGCGGCUGGAAGAACUCAUCAGAGACAAGGAAGAGGUGGAGAAACAACUGAUGGCGGACAAGUUCAUCCUUGAAUCCCAACUGACACAGACAAACUAUGAACUGGAGACGAAAGAGAGACUUCUUCGGGACAUAGAACAACGCGUAAACAAAUGUGCCAACGAGAUCAGUUCAGAGACAGGUGUCACUGCUGGCAACGACAAUCAACUAAAUGAUAUAGAACUGCAAGAGAGGUUUACACAAGAACUUAAUGAAGCCAAAUUAGUUAUUGAGAAACAGAACAUUGACAGGCUGGAAGCUCUGCGCAAGGACAUGGAUGAACAUCACAAGCGUGCUGUGGAGUACCUACGCCAACAACUGCGCAGUGACUUCAGCAUGCGGGAGUCCCGCCUUGAGGAACAUCAUUCAGCUCACGUUGCCAGUCUUCAUUCCAUCCAUGCAGAACAGCUUCAAAGUUUGAAGGAUGAAUAUGAAAGGCAAAUGGAAGAUUUGAAACAAGAAUUCUAUAACGAACGGAUUAAACAUGUUAGAAGCAAUACUAGUGAGAGUCAGACCAGUGGCAGCAGCGAGAUGGACGAGGGAUCGAAUGGAGCUGUUGACAAUAAACAGGAGCAAAUUCUGGAUGAACUGCGCAAGGACCUUACCGAGGACCAGCAGCACAAACUGGAGCUGGUCAUCUCACAGAUUGUCAAACAACAUAAAGCGCAUCUCGACCAACUCACCUCACACUACAAGGAUGAACUUAACCUUCGCAUCAAAGCCACUCGUCUCACUGCUGAACAGCUGCACAAGUCCGAAGCUGAGUUGAUGAAAGCAGCUUUGGAGGAGAAAAAACAGAAUGAACUGGCUGAACUUCGUGACAUUUUGGCCCGGUACCACAAUGAGGAAACUGACCGGCGCGAGGGAGAGUGGUCCUCUCAUUUAGAGAGGCUCCGUCAACAGUACGACUAUCAGCUGGCAAUUGGUCAAGAACCUGCUCCGAAAGGUGCUGUGGGGACCCUGGAGGGUGCAACCCUUGUCACAGAACUCACCAAGCGCUUGAACGAUGAACACAAGAAGUUAAUAGAGGUAAUUUCCAAAGACUUGGUAGCACCCCCCAACAGUCAAACACCACCUGAAGACAUCGUCAACUGUCCGCCACGCUCCAUCACCUCCUCCACCCUGAUCGACUCCCAUGGUGGCAGCGGUGGCGGCAGUGGCGACAGCAGAGACACCAGCGGAGCAGCCGAUGCCGGCACAAGCCACUGGCGCUUGAACGACUCCAACGGCAACAGCGGAGACGCCAUCUACAAGUGUCUGGAAGAACAGAAAGACGAGAUCUUGUUGUUACGGUCGAGGAUCUUGAGAGAGUAUGAGCAACUAUUGAAGGCCAGGACGGACUCCAUGGUAACAGAAUCAACGAAGGACAUCUUCAACCUUCAAGAUGAGAUUGAUGCUCUGCAACAGCAGCACGAAAUACAGAUCUCUACUAUGAGACAGGGAAUCGGCAAAAGAAUGUCUGCCGAACAUACAGGUGAAAGUUCUCUGUCUCAGAGUUUAGAUGAAGACCAACGCCAAACCCUGAGUAAGCUGCUUUCUCACUAUGAAACCAAAGUUCAUUCAAUUGAAGAACGUUUCAAUCACCACAUGGGCAAGCUGAAAUCUCAAAUUGAACAUGACCUCUCGGCUAGUUUUGGGGACUUCUCCGGAGAAUUGGAUCAGGACUUGAGCUUUGGCGGAAUGUCACUGACCAAGACUGGUCGGUUUCCUCAGCUUGCUCACCAAACCCAUCAAUCCCCCGAGUUUUCUGCUUCCAGUGUAGAGCAGCAUGUCCCAGUGGAUACUCAGAUUGUUGCAGAAGAAGCAUUUGUCUUAAACGAUUCAAACAACUCCUCGUUAAUCCGAAGCAGCAGUGACGAUGCAAUGAUGCGCAGUGCCACAGAUGAACACAGAUACGUGAGUAAUGCCAAUGGUGCCACAGAUGUCAAGACUCUUCAAGAGGAACUCGACCAUUUUCAGAACCAAUAUGCAGAGAUUGUUUCGUCUGAGCCCAAAGACAAAGCAGAGAUGACUUCUGUCUAUGAGAAGGUGCUGAAAGCACAAGAACAACUUCUUGAACAGGAGCACAAGCUAGAAAUGGAUUCAUUGCAGUCAGAGUGUGACAUCAAGCUGCAAGUUGAGCUGAAAAAGCAGGCAAUCGAGCUUCUGGCAAAAUUCCAGGCUGGGUUGCAGAGUAGCGACAAAGGCAGCAUGACCCUGAAGCGUUGCGAGUCCUUCGAGAGGGAACUUGUCAAACGCACGAUGACAGACGGCCAGUUUGAUAGUUACGAUGCGAGUGACAACAGUAAGAACAGAGCAAGCGCUAAGAAAGAAAGACUGGGGGUCCCUUUCUUGGCUUCAGUUCUGGGUUCGAGGAAUAAGCAAGACGACAGCAACAACAGUGCUGUGGCUGAUUACGAAGCUCAAAUUGCUUCGAUGCAGGCAGAGUUUGAACAGCGUUUGAAGAAGCUGCGGAAAGAACUGACAGAACUUGGUGAGAAAGAGAAACGAGAGAUAACGACGAAACUUCAAAACGAAAUGGCAAACUUGCAAAGUCAGUUGUCAGACAGUGAAGAGAAAUAUGAAAAUUUGUUGGAUGAUCUGCGCAGUGGCAAAAUCCCAGAGGUUGCACAAUUGAUGCAUGAAAAAUAUGAUUCAGAGUUAGAAUUUGCCAAAACUUUAAUGCAACAGGAGUUUGAUGAAUCCCUUGAAGGAGAACAGUUUCGGUUAAAAGAACAUCAGGAGAAGCAGAUACAAGAGUUGUUGUGUGAAAAGACCAAAGAGAUGAAGGAAUUGCAGCAGAAGUACGAAGGGAACCUUGCUUCGUUGCAAGAAACGUUGAAACGUUACGAAGAUCACACCAGUGCCAAAGAUCAUACAGACAACAGCAAAGGUGGCAACAAACAACAACAACAGCAGCAGCAGCAGCAGCAGCAGCAGCAGCAAGAAUGGCAGAAACAUCAGGACGGGCAGCUGAUGUCUCUACGCCAGCAACUUGAAGAGAAAGACAAAGUAAUAGAAGCAGAGAGGAAGUCCCUUCAAGAGAACUACAACCAGGAACUGGAGAAACUUCAAGAGAAAUAUGAACAGAAGUUGGGUGAACAACAAAAAUAUCUGACUGAAAACCAUGAUGAUCAGCUGUCUGCAAUGGUCAUACAUUCCGAUGCGAUAAAGUCAGAACUGGAUGAAGCUCACCAAGCAGAACUGGAACAAGUCCGGGAGCAACUUAGCAGCAAACACUCCAAGAUGAUGGACAAUUUAAACAAGAAACAUCAAAUGAACAUUGAAGAGUUGGAGAGACAGUUUCAGGUUAAAAUUGAAGAAUUGGAGAUAAGACAUCAGUUGGAAGUCGAAUGUCUGAAGAAGGAGAUGGAAAACCCUGAUGCCAAAGAAGAACCCUGCAUCUCGACAACCAAUGUUGGUCUCCAACAGCAGCAGUCAGUCUCGAAAGACGAGAACACUGACCCAACUGGCCAUGACGUCAUUGAGGCACCAUCGGGCAGGUCAUAUGCUGAUGCUGUCAAGAGGUCUCUUCCCGAACCAGAACCGGUGCCAGCCUCCCAGACUCAAUCAAUUCACCAUAAAUAUCACGAGAGCAUUGUGCCUCAAAGAUCUGGUCAGCUUCAGCAGUGUCAACUGGUUGCUGACCAUGUGGUUCCACAGGAAAGUGGAGUUGUUCACUCGUCUCCAUCGAAAGAAGUGACCAAAAAGGAAAUAUAUGAAGAGACCAAUAAGCAUCUGUUACAACACCUGUCCAAUUUAGUGCGGACUUACCUGGACAUUGAAGACUCCAUAAACAAGAAGCUGAGCCAGGUGUUGGCCGACAGUAAAAAUGCGUCCGAGAGAGGGUCUCACUCGAACCACCUGGGCAUUCCACAGUCUACCUCAGACAAUGAUUCUAGCCUGUCGAAACGGCAGAAACGUCGCUACAAAUCAGCUGAACGACUUGAUCUUGGCAAUUGGAUCCCUGGAGAACCAUUCCAACGUGUCACCCGAGCCCGCUCGAUGGAUCCUAUCCAUCCGUUUACCAGUAACCAACACAUUUCAAAGAAAUAUAAAGUUUCUAAAAUGCAACGCUCCCCGUUGGAAGAAAACAGAAAAGAUGAUUUACACAGUGCCAAUACAGGAUCAAGCACCACAGAUGAAGGAUUGGUACUCUCCCAGCAGCUUGGCAAUAAUAUCUUCUCUGGUCCUGGUCUGGACAGCGAUAGUGAAGAAUUGAUUAGUGAUACAAGCGACCGUAUUCGGACCUCUAUCAUGCGUCUUCUGGAGAUGAUGGAGGAGACAACUCAACAGUUGUUGGACUCCAAGAGCGUCCAACAGGAACUGAUGGAUACGUUAAACAUGAGAGAUAGCGAGGCCCAGGACAGGAGCCAGCGUCUACAAGACUUGACAGAGCAACUGAAACAGGAGAUAAAUGCCAGGGAGCAACUUGCAUUAGAGCUGCACAAAUCUCAAGGAUUGGUGGAAGGCUUCAUGGAGGAGCGCAAGUCCCUGAACAGUAAACUGAAGGACCACGAGGACCGGGAGGCUGUCCUAAUCAUGGAGAACGAGACAUUGCGUAACCAGGUGCAUGACCUGCAGCUGUCUGAGAGCGAGGUGACGUCACUGCGCAACGAAGUCCAACGCCAGCAGAACAUCCUCUACGACAACGCCGGACACGAACAGCAAGAUGUGGCCAAGGUCACAGAUAACGAGGAAUGGUUGGAAAAGCAAGGCCUAUUGGAUGAGAUACGCCAGCUAAACGAUGACAAACGGCUUAUGUCCCAGCUGAUGCAACAAAAUCAGGAGAGCUACGAGAAAAGGACACAUGAACUGCUUAGUUCUGGCGAGGACAUAGAACAUCGGUACAGUGAGCUGCUGGAGGAGAAGCGCCAGCAGGUGGAUGACCUCAAGUUGCAGCUGGAGGCCGUCGACAGACAGCUGAAGGCCAACAAGCAAUUUCUCAAUGAGCAAGCCCAUGAACGAGAGCAGGAGAGGGAGGAGUUUCAGAAGGAGAUCAACCAGUGGAGGACCACUGUCCAGCAGAUGGAGCGACAACAGAACACUGAGAUUAGACUGAAGAAAGAGGUGGAGGAACUGUCUGACCAGUUGGAAAGCCGCAUCUCUACCCAGAGUCAGAUGUUGAUGAAGAAAGAACAGCUUGAACGAGACAUUCAAGACAAAGAUUUAAAUGCGUUGGAACUGAAGCAGUUGGUGGAACAACUGGAACAAGAAUUGGACGAGAAAGUUACCAAAGAGAAGCAACAGGAACAGAGAAUUCUCCAGCUUGAAGAGCAGAUCAGCAAACUACAGGAAAUCAAUGAAGAACUAAGCGAAGAGAUGAAGUUAUCCACAACAGAAGACAAGAAAAUCAUUUGUAGUCUGGAGACCCAGUUGGAUGACCAGCGGCUGGUUUAUGAGAAGAAAGCAUUAACACUCGAUGAAGAACUGAAGAAAGCCCGCAGAAUCGAAGAGGAACUUUCUAGUGAAAAAGCUGCCCUUGAACAGCAUGUUUGUGAAAACCUGCUCCAAAUAGCCUCACUGAAGAACCAGCUUGAUGAAUCCCGCCAGCGUAAACUGUCUCUGGGGAUGUUAGAGGAACCAGAAGAAUCUGCCGUUCAGUUGCAGAUCAAAGAAAAUGAGCUGGAUGUUCUAUCUGACAUGGUGGACAAGCUUGAAUUGCAAGUGGAACGCAAGAACAGUGAACUGACUGAACUGAAGAAAAGACUGAAUGGUAACCUUGACAAUAGCAAGGAUGGUAACGAUGAAGAUGAUGAUGAUCAUGAUAGUGUUGGUGGUAGUGAUGGAGGGAAAGAGCCACCGACCAGUCAGUCAUCAUAUGUCUCUGAAAACACCACCAGAGUUCUUCAGUUGAAAGAAGAGAAUGAACGGUUGAAGUCCCAGGUCAGUUCACUGCAACAACAGCUGACCACUGAUGGUUUCUCGAGCCUUACCCAGCAGCUACUGGAUGAGAAGAACGAACAGAUAGACCAGCUACGAAACCAGAUCGCUGAGCAGACACAGUCAAACCCAUUGUUCGGUGAUUUGUCUUCCGAAAACAGUGAACUGAGAGAACAAUUACAGAAGAAAGUUACAGAUCUUGAAGAGAAGGACACCAAACUGCACAGCCUGACGGCAUUGGUCGAAGAACUCCAAAGCCGGCCGUAUGUCAGUGAUGACAGCUUCAUGGGAGACAUGUCCCUGCCAUUUGAACGGGGUUCACCUUAUAUCGUUACCAACUCAAUGACUGAACGGACCAGUCUUCAGCAGGAACUGUCUGCAGUAAUCACUGACCGUGACCAACAAAUCAACUCCUUACAGACUGAACUGCUGCAGAAGGAAGACAAAUCUAGCCAGAUGCGUAUCGAAUUGAUGCUGGAACAUGAGGAAACGGUCACCUCCCUGCGGGAGAUGCUGCAGGAGAGGGACACGACGGCAGACGAGAUGUGCACCGAGAUCGAUGGACUGCACGCGGAGAUUACCAAUUUGGGUGAACACCAGGCCAAAUUACAGGAAGACUUCGACACAGUUCAAGAGAUGCUGGAAGGCAAAGACAAGGAAAUUGAUGAACUGACCAAAGAGAUCUCGGAACUACGGUCUCAAGUGGACAACAGUGAUGUUGUGGUCAGUGACAAAUUGGAUGAUGUUGUGUCUGAGCUCGUGAUGCGAUAUGAAGCAGGGACCAAAGAACUAAAGAAGAAAGUGAAGGAGUUGGAGAAUGUGAUAGAGGAGAAAAUGGAAGAGAACUAUACACUGAAUGAGAAAAUCGAGGAAAUGGGUAACCUUAAGGAUGAAGUGUCCCAAGUGAGAAGUGAGUUGGAGAAGGAGAAGAAGUUAGUGGAGAGUAAGAGUGCCACUUUGCAGAACAUGGAGCGUCGAGUGGAAUCCUCGAACAAAGUGAUUGGGCAGCUGCAGCAACGUGAAGACCACUGGCAGCUGAAGUACUCGCAGACAGAGCUGCAGUUGCGAGAGCGGGAAGAGCACUUGCAUCAGCUGCAGAAUGAGGUGAUGGAGCGAGAGGAAUCGGACGAGAAAGUGCGGCAGAGACUGAAUGUCGCCGAGCAGCAGGUUGGGGUGCAACAACACAACAUCCAGGCUCUGCAGUCACGGGUCAGCGACAGCGAGGCACGGUUGAAGGAGAGCCGUGAGACAAUCUCUGAACUGAAGGACACUCUGGCCUCGUUGGAAGAGGAGAAGGAGCAGAUGGCUGGACGAAUGACCAGUAAGGACGCUCUGAUAGCCAAGCUUCAGGAACAGCUUCAUCAUCUGGAGAAGAAGUCCCAUGACCAGGCUGUGGAGAUCAGCCAGCGCGAGAAGAGCUACAUGACCCUGGUGAAGAUGCAUCAGGAGAAGGAUGAACUUAUCAGUAUCGAGGAGGGACGCACCCUUGUGCUUCGGGCUGAGGUGGACGACUUGCAGAAUGAGCUCCUUCUGAGGGAAGAAGAACAGAGUAAGGUCCAAGCUGAGCUGGACGAGUGCAAAAUCCGUCUGGACAACCUCAACAAGUCUGUAGUGGACAACAAAGUGACAGCUAGCAAUUCUGUAGACGCCAGCAGCAGCCCCAGACGGUCAUCGUCGGAAUGUGAAGAAGAGGACGAUAAAGCCACAGUAUCCAAGUUGCAGUCAGAUCUCGAAACUUCCCAGCGUGUGACUGAAGAAAAGUCUAAAGAAAUCGAGAACCUACAGACAGAACUGCAGGAACGAAACACACAGCUUAGUCAAUUACGCCUGUCUGUUGACAUAGAGAGGAAGAAAUCCGACCAGUUGCAGAGCAAAUGCGAGCAGCUGCAAACGGAGUUGCAAGAGGCGUGGGAGAUGAAGUUGGUGAAUGAUAAUCACAUUGACGAUUUGAAGAAGAAGCUGUUUAAAUUGGAGUCUGAAGAGCUGAAACCUAGCAACCUUCAGUCUCUGGAAGACACGCAGGUGAUCCAAUCAAAGUUCACGGACCUGUGGCAGGAAAUCCAGAAGAGAGAGAGCGAUGUGGAGCGUCUGGAGAUGGAGCUGGUUGAGGCUAAUGUAAAGGUGCGCUCGCAGGAGGCUGAGAUGCAGGACUCGAGCUUGCAGACUGCAGAAGAUGGUGGCCAGCUUUCCGAGCAAAUCAACAUUCUGCUCGGAAAGCUGGAAGCAUCACAAGUUGACAUUGAGUCGAAGGAGGCAAAGAUUGUGAGUUACGAGAAUGAACUGCAAAUAAAGGACAGCAUGCUGCAACAGCUGCAGCAGCAGCUUGAGAAGUCGGCAUCGUCAUAUCACAGCUCGAAACAGGAGUACCACACAUUGCUCGGUGAAGAGCAGAUUGAAGCCACAAAGGCCGAGGGCCGAAUUGUGGUGCUUCGCAGUGAGGUGGACGACCUUCAGAAACAGCUGGUCAGUAAAGAGACGGAACUGCAGACCGUCCGAGAUCACCUGAUGGACACACAAAUCCAGCUGGUUAAUAGGGCUCAGGAGAUGACUCGUAUAUGCCAACAUCACAAUUCCUUUGAUGAGGAUCAGACAGACAGUUCAAGUAGUAAAGCUGUGCAUCAAGAGAAACCUCUGUCUGAGGAUACAAUCAAAAGUACUGAAACAGUCAAUAUGAAACCUCAGCUACCAGAAACUCUUGUCCACCGUCUUGAGUCAGAACUGGAGAAAACCAGAUCCUUGCUUCAGCUACGCAUAGGGCAGCUGGAGGAAAAGAAUCUGGACACGAGUGGUACAUCGGCAGAUGAAAGUAGCACCAUCACACAGGAGAGGGUCAUCGGUCACAUCAAACAGGUAUACAAUGAGCUGCUAUCGAUGCGUACCAUUCUGGAGCAACUGUGCCACGACAAAGCAGCCCAGCAGAUUGGAAUAUUGGAAAAAAUGUCUGACAACCAACAGACAAGAGUACGAUCUGAUGAAAUGCUACAAGAACUGUCGUCAUCAUCACUCAUGAGCCAAACAGACAGAAGAGCUUCUGGAUUUGGUGCCACCAAUGUGGUUUGGGGUGCUACCUCUGUAGAAUCUCCUGAGUUUCGUACAGUCGUGCCAAAUGAACGUCUUCAGAAGCUAGAAACAACAACGAAACAAACAAACAUUGAAGCGACCCUCUACGGUGCCAAUGAUGCACAGAUUCAAGAACACCUAAAGGUGUUAUUAAGCCGUAUUCAGAAAGAGGGUAUUCAAACACUGACGCUGUCUGAACUACAAUUCAUUCGAUACCACACCACACCAAAACCUACUGCUAGAAACAUUGACAUUGAGGCUCUGCGUACAGCCUGGGAGAAAGAACGACAGACACUGCUGUCUGCCAUUCAGGCCCUCAAAGAACUUUUGGCCCAAGAACAGCAACUAGCAACACCUGAUUGGGAAUUGAGUUCGACCAAUGUUGACUGGCGCAGGGAAUUGUUGCACACCCUUAGCCAUGUGUUCAUGCGAGAGCGAGACGUGUUGCUGUCUGAGCUGAGGAGUUACGUCCUUAUCAACAGCGAUGGGACUGAUCUAUCGGCCGUGCAGAGACUUGAGCAGAAGAUCAUUGAACAGGAAUGCCAGCAGAAAGCUUCACUGGAGCAAGUGAUAUGUGCUGACCGUCAGUCUUUGGUGUCCGAAGUGAGAGACAUGAAGGCUAAACUGGCCAUCAUGCAACUGCAACACCAUGACGACAAGGAGCAACUGACCGACAAACUGCAAGAACUGGAGAGACAACGAUGCAAACGGGAAGAUCAGCUGCAAAGACACAUUAAAUUGCUGGAAUAUCGCCUGGAGCAGUCCCGUGUCAUCCAGGAUGACCUGCACUCUUCCAUUGAAAUGGAGAGGAAGCGCACGUCGGAGCUGGCUAGUGAGCUGACCAAAUCGAAGGCCCAUGCGAUGGACUUAAACGGGGAGGUGACCAACCUGCAGGUGAACAUAGCCAAAGUGAAAGAUGCCUUUGAACAGGAGCACAGCCGCUACCUCUCCCUCAUGUGUUUGUGGGAGGAAAUGCUUGUCGCCUUGGAAGAAGAGAAAGUCCGUACGACAGAGUUAACCGAAUGGCUUGAGAGCGAGAAACAAAAUGUUCACCAUCUUCAAGAUGACCUUGAAAACAUCACCGGUCAACUGGGUAAAGAACGUGACCUUGAAUACCAGCAUUUGUAUUUGGCCCUGGAAAAUGAAAAAGAGAAGCUGAAGGAGUCAAGUGCUAUAACUCAAGAGAAGCAAGCUGAAAACCUCUCCCUACAACAGGAAUUAGAAGCUGAGAAACUACGGUGCCAAUCUAUCACUGCCAAAUAUGAUGUCACUGUGGCCCAAUUAAACUCCCGAUUGGCUGAUGAACAGUCCUUGAAUGAGCAAAUUACCAGCAACUUGACCAAGGAGAAGAAUCUCAACAUUCAACUGAAGCAGUCAUUGGACAAAGUGUGCAGCAUCCGGCAGGACACGUGCGAACGGGAUCGAGCGACCAUCACCGAUCUGCAGAGAAUGCUGGAGACUGAGCGAAGCAGUGUGUCAGACCUUCAGCAUCAGUUGGACUCUGUACGGGAAGAGCACCAGACAAGGAUCUCGUCCCUCACAGCUCAGCACCAAUCAGUCAAAGAAUCUCUGGAGAAGGAGACAGCCAAGUUCCACAAACUCAAAGUGAAGUCGGACAUCUUUGAGAACCAGCAAAGUGAUCUGCAACGACAGCUCGACUACGAGAAGGAGCGCACCAUUCGUCUGCAAGCAGAGAAGCACAGCCUGACGCUGGAGCUGCAGACCUUGCGCCAACGUGAGAAGGAACGGUACAUCACUGCUGAGAAUGAGAAACUGGCCAACAACAGGAAGGUGAAAGAGAUGUCACGUCAGCUAGAAAACCAGAAAGUUGUCAUGCAUCAGAACGAAUUGGAGGUGGAGCGACUGCAGGAGAAGGUGCAAGGAUUGGAGGCUGAUCUGCAAAACUCAAGGCUGCGUGAGAGGCAGCUGGUGCACGAAAUUGAGUACACCAAGUUGCGCAGUCCUCAGAACCUGGAGUCCUUUACUGCACGCAUCAGGUCAGAUGUGAUGACCACCACCUCGACAAGCGCCAUGAAGCCAGAUACUAAGGAGAAAGAGAAGCUGUUAUCCGCCUUUAAAAGUCAGCUGGAAAACAUUCGCCAGUGCCUGGAGUCUGCUGGAAUGACCUUCCAGGAUUGUCUAAAUAAAAUCACCAGUUACCUGAAAGCCAAUCAGACAAUGGCUCCAGCAUCUCAAGACAGCUUCGGUAUACUGUGUUCAAUGACCGCUUCCGUUGAUGACAUGCUCUCUGACCUGCGAGAGCUUCAGAUGUCCCUAACUUUAGAAGCUCAGGAAGGUCCUGGCUACCCCCACCUAGCUGCCAUCAUCAACCAGCGAACCCUGCAGCACAAUCGGGACUUACUCAGCAGCAUCUUCAAGCUGAGUGAAGAAAAACUGGCCCUGAGGGCUCAGCUCCUUGAAUGCGAGGAAUGUAUUCAAAACUACAAGACUCGGGAUUACAUUCAACUGACCCAAAAUUCUGAUGGCGACGGCGACUCGUUGCUGGAGACCUCAUUCACCAUGGAGCGGAUCCGAUGGGACCAGGAGAGGGCUACCUAUGAACUGGCCCUGCAAAACUGUGAGAAGCGGAUCGAACAACUCCAGCGGAACUUGAGAAUUGAACGAACCCAAGGUUUCGCCCUCUCCAAUAACAACACCACCUCCACCACAAGUCCAAACAUCAACAAUACCUCCACCAACAACAACAACAACAACCCAUUGUUGAUGGAAUCAGAUUUGAUCCAGACUUUGUUCAGGAAGUACUUUCGAGCCGAGAGCUUCCGUAAGGCACUGAUUUACCAAAAGAACUACCUGUUGGUGCUGCUGGGUGGCUUCCAGGACAGUGAGCAGACUGUCCUUGCUCUUCUGUCACGGAUGAAUGCCAGGGGUAAUGACAAUAGGUUGUUAGGGGAUUCAUACAACCAGGGCCAACACAACCGAUGUCCUCCUUUGGCCAGGUUCCGAAGUGCAGCAAGGGUCAUCGUAGCAAUCUCACGCAUGAAGUAUUUGGUGAGGAAACUGCAACAAGCAUGUGCUCUAUCCUUGAGCGGGGUCCUCAACCUCUCUCCACAGCACCGAGGAAAAUUCAAGCCCUCAGGUCACACAGUGCCGUGUUCCAGCUCCGCAUCGACCAUGACGUCCAGUACCUUCUCUGCCCCACUCGAAGGUGCCACUGCUGCAACCAGUCCGCACAGCAACCCGUUCGUGUCAGCACCGUAUUGCAGCCUGAAGCUGCGCUCUAGCAUCAGUUCUGUACGACCGAGACCAGGUGUUGGUCACAGUCCACCUGGGUAUGCAUCGUCAGUGAGGCACAUGGUCAAUACCAGUUCCAACAACGUCCAGGGGUUCAGUCCCAGCAGUUUAGCAACGCCACCAAUCAAAACGAAUCUUACAUCGUCACAAUCACGAUUUACGACCCCACCAACAAAGGAAGCGAACCACCUAAGAGGUGCUUUGGAGAAGGUUCCGUCCCUCUAUCAGCUCACGGAGGACCAUUCAGAUCAUAUUGUACAGCAAAAUCUCGGUUUGCCUAAUCACCAACCAAUGCUGGGGCUGCCUUCUUCCACUAACAACGGAGACAUUCCACAGAGUUCGAACUGUGACCGCCAAUCCCCCGAUCACUCUACUGUACAACAUUGUGACGAUCUCUCUCAACGUUUUGAACAAGUCCAAAGCAACGUCGACCAAGUGAGACAUUCUCCGCAAAUCGAGCGACAACGACACAGGCGGAAAUACGAUGGCUUUCAUAAAAACAUUGACCUCUGACCCUUGGCCUGGCAUUUUUUAAUUCAUUUUUUUUUUUUUUUUGUAUAAAA